GUACACCCCCCUGCUCGCCUACGUGCUGCUACCCAGCGUCUGGCUGCACCCUGUCUGGGGCAAGCUGCUGUUCUCCGCGCUGGAUCUCCUGGCCGCGCGACUCCUGCAGGAGUGGCUGGAGGCCUACUGCGGCGGGGACGAGUUGGCAGUCCGGCUUGGCCUAUCCUUCCCCGAUGUGCCUCUGGCUGUUCAACCCGUUUUGCUUCACCAUCUCUACGCGAGGCAGCGGGGAGUCUCUGGUAGUGGUGCUGCUCUAUUAGGGGUUGCUUCGUCGCCCUGCACCUGCGGCGGAACCACCCAGUCGCUGCGGGGCUCUUCGGCCUGGCGACCCACUGGAGGGUGUUCCCCAUCGUCUACGCGCUGCCGAUCGCGGCGAGCCUCGCGGGGGAAGAUAGCCGCGGCGUCUUCAGACUGGUGCACCGACAGUCGGUCACCUUCGGCGCCAUUUCGAUCAGCGUGA